CAGUCCUGCAUCUUCACUUGGUCAAGUACCAUCCCAGCAAUCCGCCCAUGCCCAACUCAGACCACGCCCCCAGUCCCACCUAUGCCCAGGCCUCACUUACUGGCUCCGCCUUCGUCUUUUCCUGGAGUCCUUGGUUCUGCCCACAGCCAGGACUCUGGAUGCGCCCCUGCCAGUUCCUCCUACAGAUUCCACCCUUUCGUAAGCGUCGGGGUUCAGUCCGCCUUCAACGCCGGCUUUAGCAUCUGCGACCAGAAGAGUGGCGCGGUGCUGGUGUCCCAGGCCACAGAAGGACCCUGUAAGAUGCCUAAGCCAGGUGUGUUUGAUUUCGUCAAUGAAGCCAAUGCGUGGAAGAAAACUGCCAGACAGGACUACAUGGAUCAAGUGUACAAUUUAAGUCCCUCAUCUGAAGCCUCUAGCCAGGGAAAGUGUGGAGCCGAUGAGAAAGUCCAGGAGUCUAAGGACAUUGUGGUAACAUUUGAAGAUGGCAUCACGAAGAUCAUGUUCAACCGGCCCAUCAAAAAGAACGCCAUAAGCUUCCAGAUGUAUCACGAAAUUAUGCUUGCACUUAAAAAUGCCAGCACGGAUAGCUCAGCCAUAACUGUUCUCACAGGGUCUGGUGACUACUACAGCAGCGGCAAUGACCUGACGAACUUCAUGAAUGAUGGCGGUGAAAUACAAGACGUAGCGAAAAAGUGUGCUACAUUACUGAGGGAAUUUGUGAACAGUUUUAUAGACUUCCCCAAGCCUCUGGUUGCAGUAGUAAAUGGCCCAGCCGUAGGAAUCUCUGUAACCCUUCUGGGACUAUUUGAUGCUGUCUAUGCAUCAGAAAGGGCAACAUUUCAUACUCCAUUCAGCCACCUCGGCCAGAGCCCAGAAGGAUGCUCCUCGUACACAUUUCCAAAAAUGAUGGGCUCAGCAAAGGCAUCCGAGAUGCUUCUCUUUGGGAAGAAGCUCACAGCAAGAGAGGCUUGGGCUCAAGGCCUUGUCACUGAAGUUUUUCCUGAAAGCACUUUUGAGGAAGAAGUCUGGACCAGGCUGAGAGCAUAUGCGAAGCUGCCACCAAAUGCGAUGAGAAUUUCCAAAGAGUUAAUGAGAAAAAAUGAGAAACAAAAGCUAUAUGCUGUUAAUGCUCAAGAGUGCAAUAUAAUCCAGGAAAGGCUGACGUCAGAGGAAUACACAAAUGCACUCAUGAACUUCAUGUCCAGAAAGGCAAAGCUGUGAAGGUCACCACAGCAGCUAGACAUCACAGAAGAAUGCUUUGUAAGUUCCAGUUUCGAGCGCUUGAACUGCAUACACGUCUCUGUGCCUUUUCUGUUACUAACAUAGCAGUUAUGGUGAGAACGCCUCAGUCAUGACAAAUAAAAACUUUCAUAAAAUGA